UUGUCUUCGACGCGGUUAAAUUUCAGCCACUCAAAUUACGGUUCAGCAACGGAUCCCAUCAAGGAAGAUUUCCACUGUCACAGCGAUGACGAAGUGCCACCCGCCACCGAUCGGAGAGCAAUUCGAGUACUUUGGGCAUCUGUUCUCAUCUGCCUGAUUUUCAUGCUAUGCGAAAUUAUAGGUGGCUAUUUGGCGCACUCACUUGCGAUCGCUACAGACGCGGCGCACUUGGUAUGUAUAAAAAUUUGGAUGCCUGGAGAAAUUAUCAAUAUUUAA